CAAUAAAAAGUAAAAACAUUUCAAUGUUGCAGAAAACAAAAUUUUCCAAAUCUCAGUUAGUUUCUCUUCUCUGGAUUCACUGAUUAACUUCAAAAUGGAGACUUCCAGAUCUCAAUCUUUCUUCCAAGAUAUCAGAUCCAGAGAGCUCAACGGAUUUAAAGUCACAAAGAGAUCAUAUUUUGGUCGCGCGGCGUUAGAUUUUGCAGAAAUUGGAGCUCUGGCCGUUGACCACGGCGGCGAAGAGACCCCUCCGUUGGCAGUUUCAUUUUGCAAGACAAGUAGAAACUCUCAUAUAUUUGCAGUGUCUGAUGAGGAUGGUUAUGUGAGCUUGUUUGAUUCUCGAAGGAAAUUUUCUUCUUUUGCAUGUCAUCAAGAGAAUGCAGAGAAAGCCAGAAUUAUUGACUGGGUUGCACAUCAAAAUGCAAUUUUUGAUUUACAGUGGAUCAAGGAAGAUAAAAACAUUCUGACAGCUUCAGGUGAUCAAACGAUAAAGGUAUGGGAUGCACAAGAAAAGAAAUGUAUUGGAGUGUUGAUGGGACACACAGGGAGCGUAAAAUCUUUGUGCUCUCAUCCAACAAAUUCUGAUAUUGUCGUCUCUGGUUCAAGAGAUGGGUCCUUUGCUCUAUGGGACUUGAGAUGCAGUACUAGUUCCAAAAGAAGUGGGGAAUCUCGUUUAGUCUCAUCUACUGUGGUAAACGGAGCUCAUCUUACGUCUCAGGCAAAAAGGGUUAGGCGUGGCAAGGCUGCUUCCAUGAGCAUUACAUCAGUUCUUUGUCUGAAAGAUGAGGUGUCCAUUGCAACUGCUGCCGCAGUGAACAGUGUUGUAAAAUUCUGGGAUACAAGAAAUCUUAAAUCUCAAGUUACUCAGGCAUGUCCUUAUCCUGAGUCAUCAGAUUUAAAGGAUAAAAGAUCACAUGGUAUUUCUAGCCUUUCUCAAGACUUAAACGGAGUGUUCCUUACAGCUUCAUGCAUGGACAAUAGAAUAUAUUUGUACAAUGUACUUCAGCUUGAAAAGGGUCCUAUAAAAUCCUUCUCUGGAUGUCAAAUAGGAUCAUUCUAUGUUAAGGCGGCAAUUAGUCCUGAUGCAGCACAUAUACUCAGUGGCUCUAGCGAUGGAAACGCGUACAUAUGGCAGGUGAAUAAACCUCAAUUAGAUAGAGUCAUGCUGAAAAGUCAUGAUGGAGAAGUUACAGCUGUAGAUUGGUGUCCAUUUGAGACUGGGAAGAUGGCAACUUCUUCAGACGAUUUCACAGUUCGGUUAUGGAACAUACAGAACAAUUCUUGUUCGAGCAAAAGAUCUCCAUCUUCCAUUCGAAGGAGAGUAAUAGCAAUUCCGAGUGCAGAAUGCAGAAAACUUUUGAUAAAUGGUGAAUUGGCAGAUUCAGCGAAGGGUCCUGAUAAUUCAAAUUCUUCAGAUGAAGUAGUGAACCAAACUAAUUCUUCCAAUCCUAUGAAUAUACCUAUAGUUGGUACUCCGGAUGCUAAGAAGAGAAAGUUGUCAUCAUCUGAUUUGGAAGAAACCUUUGAGAAAACCCCUGAAGCUUCUUUGAAGAGUCCAUCUUCUGUGUUGAACCCUCCUUCCUCUGUGAAACGAAAAACCAUCCGAGAUUACUUUAUCGUAUCGCCGUAGAAAUUCAUCCAAAGUAGUGUAUAAAAUGCAUUCUAUUAGUUUAUUAGUUCCAAAAGCAGGCUUCCCAAUCCCCUUCAAAUCAUAAGGAGUAAGUUUUCCCUCC